GAAGUCCUGAAGGUUGAUGGAGGGCCAUGCUAUUCAAACAGCAGGCGUGGCUGAGACAGAAGCUCCUGGUGCUGGGAAGCCUUGCCGUUGGGAGUCUCCUGUAUCUAGUCGCCAGAGUUGGGAGCUUGGAUAGGCUACAACCCAUUUGCCCCAUCGAAGGACGAUUCGGAGCCCGCAGCCAGGCCGAAUUCCCUCUCCGCGCCCUGCAGUUUAAGCGGGGCCUGCUGCACGAGUUCCGGAAGGGCAAUACUUCCAAGGAGCAAGUUCGCCUUCAUGACCUGGUCCAGCAGCUCCCCAAGGCCAUUAUCAUCGGGGUGAGGAAAGGAGGCACAAGGGCCCUGCUUGAGAUGCUGAACCUCCAUCCAGCGGUGGUCAAAGCCUCUCAAGAAAUCCACUUUUUUGACAAUGAUGAGAAUUAUGCCAAGGGAAUUGAGUGGUAUAGGAAAAAGAUGCCUUUUUCCUACCCACAGCAAAUCACAAUUGAAAAGAGCCCAGCAUAUUUUAUCACGGAAGAGGUUCCGGAAAGGAUUUACAAAAUGAACUCAUCCAUCAAGUUGUUGAUCAUUGUCAGGGAGCCAACCACAAGAGCUAUUUCUGAUUACACUCAGGUGCUAGAGGGGAAGGAGAGGAAGAAUAAAACUUACUACAAGUUUGAGAAGCUGGCAAUAGACCCAAAUACCUGCGAAGUGAACACAAAAUACAAGGCGGUAAGAACCAGCAUCUACACCAAACAUCUGGAAAGGUGGUUAAAAUACUUUCCGAUCGAGCAAUUCCACAUUGUGGACGGAGAUCGCCUCAUCACGGAACCUCUGCCAGAACUUCAGCUUGUGGAGAAGUUCCUAAAUCUUCCCCCGAGGAUAAGUCAAUACAAUUUAUAUUUCAAUGCUACCAGAGGGUUUUACUGCUUGCGAUUUAACAUUAUCUUUAAUAAGUGCCUGGCGGGCAGCAAGGGACGCAUUCAUCCAGAGGUGGACCCCUCUGUCAUUACCAAAUUGCGCAAAUUUUUUCACCCUUUCAAUCAAAAAUUUUACCAGAUCACUGGGAGGACAUUGAACUGGCCCUAAGAUAAUAAGUCAUAUAACACUAUGUGUUGUGGCUGGAGACUCACAAUGUCUCCCCUCGAUUAAAAAUAUGCACUUUUCUUA